GGAAGCGAACCUACUUCCGUCUGACUUAACAAAAAAAUAAAACAAAUGCGGAAGUUUCCGAGAAGUUUGGCAGCAGAGAAACAAACAGCAGCAGGUUGAACUCCGCAGAUAGAAACUCUUCUUCUCCGGACCGGAAGCAGCUCAACGAUCCAUCAUGGGUGAAGUUUACGCCUCGACGACGGCUCCCAACCCCAAAGCCUCCUGGUUCAUCGUCCCGUCAGAGAAUCUGGAUAAAGUCCGCUUCGGGCUUAAAGUCAUCCAAGUGCUGCUGUCCCUGGUGGCCUUCGUCCUGGAGGAGAUGGUCUCCAGCUGCUCCAGCUGCUCCUCUCUCUACUUCUUUGAGUUUGUCAGCUGUACGGCCUUCCUCUUCACCCUGCUGCUCCUCAUCCUCCUCUCCACCAGCCUCAACGGCAGGGUGGGCAUCACCUGCUGGACCAAGCUGGACUUUGUGUACAGCUGCAGCAUCGCUCUGUUGUUCCUCAUCGCCUCCAUCGUCUUCGCCUCAGACAACAGCAACACAACUCUGGAGAGGAGCGCCGUGGCGUUUGGUUUCCUGGCGACCGUGAUAUUCUUCCUGGACGCCGGUUGGCACGUGAAGACUCUGGGUUCUCCGUUCGCUCCAGGCGGGACGCCGCAGACCAGUAACGGCGGCCCGGUGGCGGUGGAGAGCCAGCCGGAGACGGAGAAGCUGGCGGGCGCCACGUCAGAAUAAGUUUGUUUCCACGUCGCUGGCGGAGAGGUCACAUUAUUUUACGCACUAUUCCUCUAACGUGACGCCAGGGGGCGGAGCUUCUAACACGCCACUUUUUAAAGUUUUAAAUCUGUUCUCGGUCAGCUGACGGCGCUCUGCAACCAAUCACAGCGCGGCGCGGCCGCCAGCCUCUUAACAGCAGCAGAAAUAAAGAAAGCGUUUCUGAAAAGAGACAGAGACACUAAACAUUCUGCUGUACGGUUUCUCUCUAACAACACGAUGAAUCCCACGACUUAUUGUCUCUCAUCGUAGCUGUAGUUUAUUAUUUUAUUGAAUAUCUUUAAAUUUAUUAAGACAGUUUGUCUCAAUUGCCAACAGAAAUCAAAUACUGUCAUAAAAGUCUCAAUAUUACCGAAGCGUAAUAGAAAAAAACUCCGGUUUUCCUGAGUAAUUUAUUUUUUCGUUUGUUUUUCGGGGUAAUUAUUUCUGUUUUAAUGAGUCUUUUUUCCCCCUGUUUUUCUGACAAUUUUUUUUCUGUUUGUCGGGGUAAUUUUUUUUGCGUGAAUAAUCAAGAUACUCCCAAAGCCGCUCAUGUUUGCUUCCAUUAAAUUGAGCUCUCAAUAAAGGAAUGAAUGCGUCUAUUGUUGCUCUCUAAACUGAAAGAAAAAUACUCAUUAAACAGAAAUAAUUACCUCGAAAAACAAAAAAAAUUACCCCGAAAAACAAAUAAAAUUACCCCAAAAAACAAAAAAAAUUACCAAAGGAAACAGAAAAAAUUACUUAUUAAAACAGAAAAAAAUGACCCAGAUAAACAGAAACAAUUACCCCGGAAAAAAACAGAAAAAAUUACUAAUUAAAACAUAAAUAAUUACCCGGAAAAAUAAAUUACUCAGAAAAACCGGAGUUUUUUUUUUUUCAAGUGGAUAUAAUACGCUUCCGUACAUUAUUGAGUAAAAAACGUUUUUAUAUUUUUUUCCUUUUAACAUUUUUUAACGUCCUCAGACCAGAAAAAAAAUCUUAAAAUCUGUAAAAAUGGGACUAGAAUAAAUCACUGCGACGCCGCCAGUCAAACUGAAGACACAAUAAUAUUUCUCUGAUUUUCCUCGAGGCCUUGAACGCCUCGUAAAAUUGAAACUUUAUGUGAAAAAUGAAAAAACUGAGAGGAAACGUGUCUUAAAAUGCUUCGUCACAUUAUCGGCCUCAAACAGCAACAACAGCAAUAAACUGUCAGAAUAAAAUGACAGCAUGACUAAUAACUCAUAAAUAUCAUUAAUUAUUAUUUUAUGCUUUGUUAUUAGCAGUGUAAUAACAGAAGUUAUCACCAGUUAUUAAUGAUGUUAUUAUAAAGUGUUUUCUUCAGUUUUAAGACCAAACUUCAUCAGAAGCUUCCCAUAAUCCUCCUCUGCUGCAUUCAAACAUCUUUUAUUUGAAAGUUUCUUGUUUUUGAUAUGGUUUUAUAUUCUUUAAGUCUUAAUCACGUCUCUGUGUCUGUUUGAAUUGAAUGUUUUAUGAAGGAGAUGAUGCCGUUUUAUUGUCAAAUUUAAACUCUCUGAGUAGGAAUGAUUCCACGAGGAAAAAGUGAUCAGCUGUUUAUUAUCUCGUCUCGAUUUUACUGAUUUUAAAUUCAGCGUUUUUAUCAUUUUUCUCUCUCUUAUUAGUGUGAAGCUGACUGAAUUUUUUUCUGUGAUUUCACAAAAUAAGUUAAAGGAUUCUUCACCAAAAACACAUGGAUUAAGUUGAGAGUAUGUUUGCAUAUCUGUAUAUGUGAAGGAGUUCGGAUGUGUCCAAUCAGUCCUCGUCUCAGCUCGCUGGAAUGUCAAAAGCGAUAACAUAGCGGUUGCUAUGGAAACAGCCUUGGUUACGCCCCAGACAGCAGCAGACAGUCAACAGGUGUUGGGAGGUUGAGAGAUCCCUCUCUGCGUGUUCAUCCAGGGGAAUUUGUCAUGUGGAAACACAUUUAUUACGUUUUGGUGAAAUAUUCCUUUUAAUGUUUUGAGGGUAAUUUCCAGCCGAACCACUGGAGGAGUGAAACCUCACAGAGAAUAAUUCUUCAGUCUUUUGUCACAUUAAUACAUUUUUAAAAAUUGAUUUUUAUCUGCUUAUAAUUAAACUUUUAUGCCCAGAAAAUGAAGCGGACUGCAAGUUUAAAAUCAAACAUAAUUGUCUGUUCUUACGUGCUGAGUGGUCAAAUAUUUCUUCUUUUUCAUUUUGUCCGAGUCCGACAUUUGCAAAUUUUUACAUUUUAUACUGAUGAUGAAACAAAUAGUAGCUGAUAUAAAACAAUCAAAUAGAACCAAGAAAGAAGUUGUGUGAAGAAAAUACAGAAAAAACAAUGAAAUGAGGUUUUUCAUUUUCAUGCUUGAUGUUCUAAGACGUUUCUAACAGGAGGAAUAAUAUUUUGACAAUCACACAGUACAUUAAUAAUUAUAAUUGACGACACUGGAAACCAAGCAGGAAUAUUUUCUAAUUCAAUCAGACAAUCCAGGAAUCUGUUUUAACGUCGACAUGUUCAGGACCAAGUAGUUUAUUUUGUGUUUUUGUAAUUUCUCUUGAUAUUUCCACGAUACUUUUCUGUUCUGUGCCUUUAAAAAUAGAUUUUUCAUCCAUAACUUUGUAAUACAACAUAUUGUACAAAGUUACAGUGAAGAUCUCACUUUGUGUUUUUAAAUUGCUGCAAUUUCUUUCCUGAUAUGAUCAUUUUUAUUAUUCUGCCAUGUAAUAAACAGAUUUUCAAGAAAUAA